AAAAGGUUGUUUCAUCUCCAGGAAACAGCCAGUGGUGCCAAUAAAAUGGCUUCUCUGUAAGAGUCCUAGAAAGGAGAUCAAAGGAGAUAAGAUCAGACUGGAGGGAGAUAACAUCAGCUGAAGGGAUGGUGCCGGGAUUAACAGCAAGGAAAACAAGCACAGGUGAAUUCAGUAGGUGUGAAAGUUACUGGGCCUGUUGGGCUGGUUGGUGCUCAGUCAGCUGUGGAGAAACACAGCCAGGAGAAAGCCCUGCAGGCUCCCGGAGCUCAGCUCUGCCGCUGCCACCACCGGCACCUGGAAAGCAGCAGGGACCCAUGGGCACGAUUAACAGGUCUGGCUGAGCACAGCACCACAGAGCCUCUGCUGGAAAAGGACCAGCCUUCCCCAAGGCCGUCUGCAUGUGGAAACGACCUCCUCCGGCACUGACGAUGGGCCAGAAGGUCUCCCAGGAGGACAACCAGGAGGCCAAGGCAGAAACUCUGCUCAUCUGUGAAGUGUUCAGCCAGGGCAUGCUCCACGCUUCUCAGAGGCUGAAGGACUAUCUUGGUUUUGUGGAUCCUCAGAGCAAAUUCCAGCCGGCCACAAACACCCUGAGCGAGAUCCUUUUGGUGAACUUCAUCAGCUUCUGCGUGGAGAAGGGAGCGCAGGAGCUCAUCGUCACCAGCAAGAUGACCAGGCAGCAGUCCUGCCUCUUCGGGGUGGACUGGCUCUGGACUCUGUCUGGGGCUGACAAGCAGAUCAAGCUGCAGAUCGCAGUGCAGGCUCUGCAGCUGGCAGAGCUUUUCCACAGGGACGGCGGCCCCACGGGGGAGGAGGAGGAUGAGGAGGAUGAGGAUUGGUGCCGGGAAGCCGUGCUGGCAGACGAGUGCUUCCAAAACAGGAGCCGCUUCGGGAAGCUGGCCGAGUUCUGCCGCCUGGUGGGGCGGGACUGCCUGGGCUUGGUGGUGGUGUUCGGAGUGCCAGGGAAGCCCAAGGACAUCCGAGGAGUCCUGCUGGACAGCCUCGCCAGGGAGGGGCAGAAGCGGCGCCUGUCGGGCAGGAGGGCACUGCUGCAGUUUGUCACCAGCACCGACAGCGCCCUGGCCACCAAGGACAUGCUGCACAACUGCCUGGGCACGAGCAGAGGGCUCAGGGAGCUGGGCAACGUCUACAUAAACUUUGUGUGA